AUGCUACCGUUAUUAAGAUUGCCUUUCCUACGGCGUCAUUCAACCGUCGAGUUCAUUCCCCUGCUUUGGCUCUCUCAACGAGGCCGAGACCCGUUUUCACAACUUGGUGUCCGUGAAUUCCUAGAUGAUUUUGAAAAGCUUCUGAAACGCCAAAAAGAACAAGUUGAGUUGCUGAAGCUACAUCCUUCAUUGCGUUCGAAUAUAGAGCUACUGCAUCUCCUUCAAAGGGGCGAAAGCAUGCCCGUUUUUGCCCACAUCACCGAGCAUUUGUCUCAGAAGAACCAAGGACUUCUCAGCUCUAAAUUAGUGGAACGGUACAUUGGAAACCUUCUUGCUGAAGAGAAUCUCAAUGCAGCAGUCUCGUUGAUUCAUAUUCUUCUCGAUUCCGACAGCACAUCCUAUUGCAUAUCCAACCAAACAUGGUCUGCUCUUGCUUCAAAAGCUUGCGAACUAGGCCACUAUUCAGCUGCAUGUUUGAUUUAUCAUGAAGUCAUUGACCCCAUCGCUGCAUAUGAAGAUCCAAAGUUCAAGGGAACGAACAACCCACUCAUACCAUUUCUUCUAUUUCCUGACAUUUUGGCACAACUUUCUAUCGUGCUAAUGCAUAAUGGAAACAAUGUGGCUGUCUCUGGUAUCCAAAGCUACUUCAAAAGGUACUAUUCUUACUUCUGGCAUCGCACAAUUUACAGAACUAUCGCUUUAGCUAAGGUGGAGGCUCAUGCUUGUGCCGGUGAAACGUCCCUGGCGAUAGCAGAAUUUGUUAAAUUGGCCUGGCAACACAGAGGAUAUAGUCCUUUGCAAAAAGGCAGUACCGUCGAGCAUAACUUGAAAUACGCUGUGGAGCUUAAUCUGAAAGAGCGGCAGAAGAGAAUAUUGGCAAGUGAUGACCCUGCCAACGAUCCUUCUAUUGUGUACAACAAGUACAGUCUACCCGGAAAAAGAUAUAACGCAAUCUUUGAUGGUGUCAUUGAACUUGCGGACACACCUUAUAUCAACGCUUUGAUUCUGCGAAACAUGUCACUGAUAAUGGCCGAUCGUAGCUCGGCAAUCGAAAGACUUGUUAACUUCAUCACUUCAAACCACCAUGCAUUACUCACUCCAGUGAUUGCUUCUCUCUGCAACGAUGGCUAUCUUUUCGAGGCUUGGGCUGUUCUCAGGAGAACAAAAGCUUCCUAUCCUCGAUUACAUGCCAAAGUUUUAUUCAGAGGAGGUGAGGUUUUCACCAUCUUAUUCAGAGCGAUGAAGAAAAAAUUCUCGACAUCAAAUUGUCCUUCAAGCGAGGUAAGGCAAAUAAGUGACAUACUAAGCUCUUGCCGUACUACCUGUCGAGAGACUAUGGACCGGGGAUGGACAUACGAAUGCCGUGUUGCCUGUCUUCAAGCUUUGCUAGCGUGUCCAACGACUAUGAGACAAGAGGUUCGCCUAUUUUUAUUCGAAUGGGCGGCCGAUUGCAAAGCAUUUGAGAAAAAGCCUUUCCAAUUUUCAUUACAUCAAAGUGACUACAACAAGCUUGUUGAGCUUAACGUUGGGGACAGUCUUUUGUCAAGAGCAUCUCCAACCAUGCAUAUAUCCUUGUAA